UCUCUGUGUCUGCAGAAUGUGUCAUUGCAACGGGUGCUAAUCAUGCAAUGAUCAUGCUGUGUCAUAUCCUCUGGCUGCCGUGGAACUACAAGUCCCAGCCACAGGUUGAUUUCCAUCAUCGCUGAACAUGCAAGGGGCUUCUGAAAUGAAUCUGGCUGCCUUAUAACUGAGGAUGACCAAGAGCAAGAUUUACUGACAAUAACCAUGCUGUCCAGCUCCCAUUAAUCAGUUACAAGAUGGAAAUUCAGAAAGAGGAACCUAAAACUGUACCAGGGGAGCACAAACGAUUCAUAAUUCCGUCUCAGGAAGCGGACAGCGCCCCGCAGAUACGUUCUCUGUUUCAAGCCCCGGACGCAGCGCAGUCAUCCUGCGUGAAACCAGCCGGCAGUUACGCCGAUUACAUUUUUCAGAAUGAGACUAACGGCCCUGCACGGAAACCUCAGGUCGAGAAAGUAGAUCCGUGCCCGCAACAGAAGCCACAGAUCGGGGCAGUGGAAGCCAAGGAGCUGACAGGUUCCCUCACCGGACAGUCGGACAUCCCAGCUGUCAAGUCUGGCGGAGGCAGAAGCUGUAUCGUGGUCAGCACCCGGCAGAGGGGAAACCCACUUCUUAAGCAUGUUCGAAAUAUACCAUGGGAGUUUGGGGACAUUGUACCAGAUUAUGUGUUGGGGGAGACAUGCUGCGCCCUAUUUCUUAGUUUGCGUUAUCAUAACCUGAAUCCAGAAUACAUACACACACGCCUGCGGACCCUAGGUCAGUCCUAUGCCCUCCGUAUUCUCUUGGUGCAGGUGGACGUGAAAGACCCUCACUUCUCACUAAAGGAACUGGCAAAAAUCGGUAUCCUUGCAGACUGCACCCUGAUACUGAGCUGGAGCCCAGAUGAGGCUGCGCGAUACCUAGAGACAUACAAAUGCUAUGAACAAAAGCCGGCAGAUGCUCUGAAAGAGAGGACGGAAAGCGACUUCAUGUCCAGGGUUACAGACUGCCUGACUACGGUCAAGUCGGUGAACAAGACGGACAGUUGCACCCUGCUCACUACGUUUGGGACCGUUGCAGACCUUGCAAACGCAUCUCGAGAAGACCUGUCUCUUUGUCCAGGACUCGGUCCUCAGAAAGCAAAGAGGCUGUUUGACACUCUCCAUGAACCUUUCCUCAAAACAAAAAAGUAAGCACUGAAACGGAAGGGUCCAGUAGCGGAAUCAGCACAUGUGACCACUCGGACGAAGACAACUCUUGAAUCGGAGGAAGACAACUCUUGGACUGGAGCCUGGGCUUUAACCCUAUUGUGCAGAAUGACUUACACACAUUAAAUUGUAUUUAUAAGC